AUGGAGAAGCGAAUAUUGACAAGACUCGCGCAACGAUUAAUUGAAAUGGGCGUAUCUACUACCGAGAUUCGGUUUCUCUUUGAACAAUUUGAAAAUAGCAAUGAUUCAGUUGAGGAAGUUUUCAUAGAUGCUGAUGGGUCGCCGAUGUCUGUCAUGGACAUGGUUUUCUUUGGAGUUCAAAGGAGUCGUUGGCCGCGUUUCGUACAAUUUGAUAUGAGUCCUUAUGGCUUUUCAUGUCUUGAAAUGAGCAGACUCACCGAUCGACAAUUCCCUCCAACUAGUUCAGGAUAUACUUUUCUAGCCUGGCUUGAUAUCGAAAGCUUUGACCCUCAUAUUAAUUUGACACUUUUGGGUUUGAGCGAUGAUGAACAGAAAUGUUAUUUGCAUGUUUAUAUUGAAGCACAUACACAUAAACUAGUAGUAAACACAUCACCUCAACUAGGUGCUCGAUUUGAAAAUCACGAAUUUCGAACUGGAUGUUGGUAUCACAUUGCACUUGUUCAUCAUCGUCCACGUGCUGGAUCGAUAUCUUCAAUGUCUCUUUACGUGGAUGGAAGAUUUGUCGAAAAUUCAAAAUGUCAGUAUUUAGGGCAGCCUGCGCCCUAUAAACCAAUCCGAACAUUUUUAGGAACGCCUUCUGAUGUUGCAAGACAACUGGGCAAAGGUAAAUCUACUCUAGCAUGGGAUCUCGGUCCAUGUUAUCUAUUUGAGGAUGAUAUCGACGGCGAUAUUAUCAGUGUAUUUUAUCAUUUAGGCCCUAGAUAUUCAUCUAAUUUUCAAGAUUCAUUGGGACAAUUUCAAACUUAUCAGACAUCGACACUUUUAAAUAUGAAACUUGAUGCGAUGAGCCGUAAACGUAAAGAUGCUAAUCUAGAACUUGAUCAUUUGGCGAUGGUGAAUGCCAUAAGAGGAAAUAAUAGUCAAACCCUUCCCGAGGAAAAAAUCAUUUUUUCAUUUUCCGCAAGUAACGUUCUUGUGUCUGGACAGAACGCUAGUAUAUUAGGAUCCGGUCUUUCUGAAGGUACUAUACAAGCGCUGGCGAUUGGAUCAGCAAAUAAAAAAGUCAUUCUCAAUGCGGCAGUUCCAAAAGUGGAACGAGCUUUACGAGUAGCACAUGGACUGGCAUAUCUUAAAGGUGAUCCAAUUGUCGCUAUUCCUUACGGAAUGGACGAUUCCAUUUGGAAGAUUGGUGGAUCUGCUGUUGUUUUAAGAUUGAUUGAAAAAGCUGAGACUACAAAAGAUCUCUACAAAGCCGUUUGUACACUCAUCGAAUUGAUUCGAUUUAGUUGGAGGAAUUCUGAAGAUAUGGAACGAAUUCAUGGAUAUGAAAUUUUGGCAUUUUUACUAAAACAAAAGCAUGGGCUUUUAUCACUGGAACUAUUGAAUUUGUUGCUUGUAUUUGUUGGAUUUAAUCCAAUCAGUCCGACUGAUUCGGUAAUCGUGAAUCCUCUUGCAUACCGUUUCCUUAUUUUGGAUUUUGAGCUAUGGAAACGUGCUGGAGAUACUGUGCAACGUGCACAUUUGCAACAAUUUACAGCUUUUAUUCAUUUAAGUUUGCACCAUCAUUUCAAUGCUAAGCGAUUGAAUGUUGUUAAGAAAAUGUUGGUCGCCUUAAAAACCAAUGCGUAUUCUAAAGACUUGUUGGCCGAGUUUGUAGCCACUUUAAAGAUAGUAGUAAAAUAUAAUUUUACAACCGAAGUAAUACGUGCUAUUGCCACAUUUUUAGUCUCAACUCUGAAUAAACCUUCAGGAAAUCGGCGGCAAAUGCGUAGAGAUUCUUCAUUGAAACGCAGCGUCACUAUACCACCCAAAACAAUUGUGACAGACGUAAGGACAUUACCUCCUGACACACCUUCUAGACAGGUUGGUGUAAUGUUGAUGGAAAUGCUAACGGACAUUGUCUGCGACAAAUUGAAUCCUUUUUACAUUAACAAAUUCUCAACGACAAUCACAAACAAAUGGCCAUUAUUAUUUUUUGGUGAAGAUUCCAAUCCAUCAUGGGUGGUUUGUGCCGCGCGAAUUCUCGCGAGACUUUUUCAUUCUCAAGGGUCAACUUAUAUUACAAAGUUCCGCACGACUUCCGAAGGAUUCAUUGUUAUGCAAAAAUUGCUCCCACAAUGGUGGUAUUUAACGCAACUGCAACAAACGUUAUUUGCAAUGCUGUUUGGUCGAGAUAUUUGCGAUGUACCUAUGGACUUGCCUUUUGAUCUAUUUGCGCUAGUAAAUAUAUAUAAAGGACAGGAUGAACGUACUUAUAUACAAUGCCCUGAUGUGAUGCCAAUUAUUUUGUCCAUGAUGAAGGAAGGAAUUGACGCAAUUGUACAAUUAAGUCGUGAGAUCGAAGACAAUACAUUAAUUCGAGGUAGGACACAAGAUGAUUCGUUGCUACAAACGGACAAAAGACGAUUAAAAUCACAUCGCAGAAAAUCACGAUCACUCACUCGUGAAGUGGAAUUGGCAAAAAAUCGAAUGUCAGAUUUGAUCGCAGCUGAACCAGUCCGGGAUGAAACAAAAGAACAGCUUGCAAAACUCUCUCAAGUACAACAAACACUCGUUCAUUUUAUUGCGGAAAUGUACUCCACAUCUAGUGAAUUUGGUGAACUUUGCUGCAAAAGUGAAGUGAUGGAUGGCAUUGUCGAAAUUCUAUUUCCCAUCGUAUGCGCCUCUGAUGAGGUGUCUGUGGAAAUGGAAUUAAAUUCAAAAGAUAUCGAUCUUUCUUUUGAUUCGGAAUCAUCUUUUGAUGUGCACUUGGGCAACAUUAAUCCUCAUGUUUUGCCAAUCCUUACCAAUAUGAAACGACAGCAAUCGCAAGUUCAUAUUGAUGAGCCAGCUGAGGAAUUGAAGUCUUUUCCGACCGGAAGUGAUGCAAAUAUCAAACCAUUAUUAGGAUUGGAUAUGGUAUUAAGGUCGUUUCCACCAUCUUUAUUGGAUCAUCAGAUCCAAUUCGAGAGCUACAUAUAUUUACAUGUUGUAGCAUAUUUAAAGAGUACUUUACAACUUGAUUUGUCUUUAUUGGCGGAUCAACGUGUCUUCUCUAAUACUGCACGAUUUGCUCAACACGCUGUCGAUGCAAUUUAUCAAGGAUGGUUUUUAAAUGGGCGAAAUCAAUUAUAUGAGCUUAUUACCAUUGUUCUCGAAGCCACGCAACGACAAGAAGAAGCCAAUGGUAAACAACGCGCAUCUGAUUCAACUAUGAACACUCUUUACCGCUCAUUGAAUCGAAUAAUCGUUUUUAAGCUCCACGAGAUUAGUCAAAUCUCACCAGAGGUCUCGAUGAUUAUUGAAAUGCUCACUCAACUUAUAUACCAUCAAAAGAUUAUCUUUGGUCAGUAUAACACAGAUAUAGAUUUUCUUCGGUGUCUGUGUUAUCAUUUAUACAAAUUUUUACUCUAUGAAAACCAGGAUGUUAAAAAGAGUUCGAUGAGCAUUUGGAAGUUGUUGAUGCUUCAGAAACCGAAUGAAAUGCAUACCAUUUUGAAAACUAAGGUUCGAGGAAUAGAAUAUAAAGAAUUGAUCGAAGGAUUCUCUAAACUUUUGGAAAUGGAAAUAGACUCAUUCCUUGAAUGGAUAGAAAUUCGGCGAGAACAACUCGACUCACUAUUUCAAGAUCAUUUCCUCCGAAUAUGGGAAACAGUAAUUGCCAACGAAGUAAGAAACGGCAAAGAAUCGUUAAAAAACGCACAUUCUAAACGGAUGACCAAACUUAAGCGCGUGUAUAAGCGAGGAUCAUUCGACCAAGAUUUCUUUGAUCAAUACAAAAUCAAAACAAAUCAAUGGUCUAAACAUAUACAAGAUAUUGAAAUUAGUAGAUAUUAUAAGUCGUUGCAAGAUAAUGUGGAUCAUGAUAAUUAUGUAAGAUCGGAAUGGGCGAAAACUUCGGUGGAUCUGUUUCGCGAGCGUGCUUUGUGGGGGCCGAAGAGCGAAGUGGAUAAGACUAGUAGAUGGAGGCUUGAUUUUACGGAAGGACGAUGUCGUAUGCGAAGAAAAUUGGAACGAAAUGAAGAUUUGCAAGUCUUCUCUUAUAAACCGAAAAGCAGUAAAUAUGAAAAUGCGGAGGAUAAUAAAUCUUUUACAGCAUCACAACCUCUAGAAUUAAAUAAUCCCAAUAAAUCAAAUACGUUGAAUGUUCCCUCGAUUGGGCCAAAAGUGAAAAAACCUCAAAGACAAAUGACGUUAAGGCCGGGGGAAACCGAAAUAAAACCAUCAGAAGAUUCUGAAGAUACCGGUCAAGAUGGUGAUGAUCAAACCGAUAUAGAUGAGGAGAUGAUUUUCGAGGAAGACAAAAAUCGAAAAGUUAUACGUUCAUUGGAACAUGGUGAUACUGUUUUGGAGAUUUUCAAUAUUAGUCGAAUUAUGGGAUUAGACGCAUGUGAGGGACUCCUAUUAUUAUGCAAACAGAAUUUAUAUCUAUUGGAUAAUUAUUUUCAACGUUCCGACGGCGAAAUUGUUGAUAUUUGGGAUGCACCAGUCAAGGAACGCGAUCAAUAUUUGCAAAUGCUUGCUUCACAUGCUAGCUAUGGUACACAAAAUACUAAUCCAAGUUCUACAGAAAAUAAACACAAGAGCAGAAAAUGGGCUUUCGAGGAUAUAAAAGAAGUUCAUAAAAGGAAAUUCUUAUUUCGUGAUGUUGCCCUUGAAAUCUUCUUCAGCGAUGGGCGUAAUCAUUUAAUUACAUUCAAUCUAAAAGAGAGAGAUGUCGCUUAUAAUAAAUUAGUCGCAAGGGCCACGUUUUCCAUAAGUGCCGCAGAGUCAGUGAUGGGCACGGCUGCUGUGAUCGAUGGAAAAUCACCUGUUUCACCACUACGACUUAAUCCUGCCGCCGGUUUAGCACUUCAACUUUCUAACUUUUUCGGAAACUCAGAGUUAACCGAACUUACUCAACGUUGGGAGAAGCGAGAAAUUUCUAACUUUCAGUAUUUGAUGCACUUGAAUACUUUGGCUGGUCGCUCUUAUAAUGAUCUUACGCAGUAUCCGGUGUUUCCUUGGGUUUUGGCGGAUUAUACCAACGAAGAACUCGAUUUAACAAAUCCAGCAACAUUUCGUGAUUUUUCAAAACCCAUGGGUGCACAAACUCCAGAACGACAAAAGGAAUUUCAAAACCGAUAUCGUUCAUGGGAUCCCGUAAUAAAUGCAACAACCCCAGCAUUUCAUUAUGGAACACAUUAUUCUUCGGCUAUGAUUGUUUGCUCAUAUCUAAUCAGACUUGAACCAUUCACACAACAAUAUUUAAAACUUCAGGGUGGUCAUUUUGAUCAUGCAGAUCGUCUUUUUCACUCAAUAUCUAAAGCUUGGUUAUCGGCAUCUCGGGAAAAUAUGAGCGAUGUUCGAGAAUUGAUACCUGAAUUCUUUUAUUUACCCGAGUUUUUGGAAAAUACAAAUAAAUUCAAUUUUGGAGUUAAACAAGCAAGCGGCGAAGUUAUCGACUCGGUUAUUCUUCCACCUUGGGCUAAAGGUGAUCCAAAAAUUUUUAUCCACAAACAUCGAGAAGCGCUUGAGUGUGAAUAUGUGAGCACGCAUCUUAAUGAAUGGAUCGAUCUUGUCUUUGGAUUUAAGCAGCAAGGGCCAGCAGCUGUUGAGGCCGUCAAUGUUUUUCAUCAUCUUUCUUAUGAAGGGGCGAUUGAUCUGGAUGCCAUAACAGACCCGGUUGAGCGAUCAGCCUCCACAGGCAUCAUAUAUAAUUUUGGACAAACCCCACGCCAACUAUUUACAAAGCCACAUUCAGUAAGAUCAUCCGAAGUCUUAGAACCAAGUUCUGGUUCCUUAUUUAAAUUUGACGAAAGUAUUGAUACACUUAUUCAAUCAAUAAUGCCAAUACAAGAUGUCAGACUGCAAGUGCAUGAUAUUUGCCUAUCGAAUGAUCGUUUGCAUGUAGUUAGUACUCAGAAAUUACUAGUUCCUCCGAAUUAUACACAUUAUGUAGAAUGGGGCUAUGCUGAUCAUAGUCUUCGUCUUCAUCAACUUGACACAAGAAAGAUGAUUGGCUUAUAUGAAAGCUUGCAUUUGGAAACAAUUAGUUGCGCCCGUUUUGCUGAUGCGAGAACUUUUAUAACGGGGGGAACUGACGCUGUAGUUUGUAUAUGGCGAUUUAUAUGGCACGUAAAAGAUCCACAAUUCCGCUUCAUGGAGUGUUUGCGUGGGCAUUCUGCAAAGAUUAAUUGUUUAGCAACCUCGAGAUCUUACAGUGUUAUUAUCAGUGGCUCAGAUGAUAAAACUUGUAUUAUUUGGGACUUGAAUAGGAUGAAAUAUAUUCGACAAUUAGAAGGCCACGAAGCACCUAUACAGUUUGUAUCUAUAAAUGAUACCACAGGUGAUAUUGCUACAUGUUGUGGUCCCACAAUACGGUUAUGGAGUAUAAACGGCGAUCUUUUAAUAACAAAAUCAGCGGUUGAUCCUGUUCUUUGUUGCGUAUUUUAUGAAGGAAAGUUAAACGAAUGGUUCGAGCGUGAUGUAAUAUUAACAGGUCACAAAAAAGGCGUCGUAAAGGUUUGGAAUAAAACAUACGUCGAUGGCGAAAAGAAAGUAUGGAAAUGGUGUCUUGAACAUCGUCAUACACUGAAACACGAAAACAGGAUUGGUGUAAAAUUCUCGGCGGAUAUUGUUGCAUUGUUUACAUCAGCCAAUCAACGUGCUCUUUAUUGUGGCGAUUCAGUUGGUAAAGUACAUGCAUGGGUUCUACCAGACACCAAGAGUGAUCUCCAUUGGAUGCCAGAUAAUUCUACCGACAACUGCUUAAAAUGUGGUCUUAAAUUUGCUAACGAAAACUUCAUUGCAAGACUUGCGGUGGAAUAUUUUGCCUGGGUUGUACGUUCACUGGAAUCGAUAAAAGUGCACGAUUUUGUGAACGCUGCUCUUUGA